AAGAUUAUUUGACGAACAGGAGCAAAUUUGUUGAAGUCGUCGAUACCAUGUAAAAUGAACGCAAUGGCAUUUAUGCAAAACAUGAAAUUUGCACUAAGAUUUUUACAGACUUGUUACUAAGAUGCUUUCAUUUACUUAAAUCUAUGGAGAAACAAACGAUACAUAUGGUAAAGAUUCUGAUUCUCGCUACUACUUUCGAAUAAUCGGAAUUUGAAUAAGAGAAUUCAAACGAAAAGAGUUCACUUCAUCGGUCAAUAUCGUUUCAACUACAAUAUCAUUUCAAUUCAUCCAAAUAGACAUAGUAUAAAUGAAAGCCUAUAAUAAUUUUUGUUUAACUAUUCAGAAGUUUCUAACGAUCAAUUUUCUGUUUAUCACAGAGUCAUUCAACAACAGAUUGAAAAAGAGAAAGAUAAGUACAUCAUUUUCUUAUAGACUAAUAGCUAUCUCAUAAAUUUUAAUGUACACAUACUCUACCUGUAAUAAUGAAAAUAACACGAUGUCACUCAAUGUAAAAGAUAUCCAUAUCUUAUCUGACCAACAAAAUGUUUUUUUAUUCCGGAUCUCUAAAGAGUAGAUUCAUACUUCGUGUCCAGCAGUAUUGUUGAAACGUUCGUACCACACUACGUUUCCAUAGUAUUACUCCAGAAAUUUUGAAACACUGGCAGUAAGAGAAAGAGAUACAAUAUACAUAUAUCACGAUUAAAAUAUUUACCACUUUGUUCACUAAUAACAUUAAUGUUAUGCCAACUAUAUGUGUAUAUAUAUAUUAUUUAGUGUUUCAGAAGAAUGAAAGACGCACAAGCACUGUAUUUGAUAUUUCUUAUUACAAAGUAUUUAAAAAGUAUUUACUAUUCUUGGGACAGUUUCCAAAACAAUCGCGAUGGAGCAGCAAAUUUAAUGUAACCGUGAUGACAGGCAGUCUAUUGACAUUCUAUUUUCCAGCGUUUGCACAAAUUUUUACGUCAUUAUACGAAAAAGAUCUAGGAGGGAUGUUGGAAGGCAUGCCUGUAGUGGCUUCGGUAUCAGCUGUCUUAAUAAAAUUGCUAAAUCAUGAAAUUUACAAGGAAAAUUUUGAAAAGAUGUUCGAUGUUAUAAAGAAAGACUGGAAAUUAUUAAACGAUAAAAGUCAAAUACAUAUUCUUGAGGAAAUUACUAAGCAAGGAAAUAAGAUUGGUGAAAUAUAUAGAACUUUUGUGUUGUCAUGUAUGUCAGGAUUUAUAGUCAUUCCGUUAUACCCUGCAUUCUUAGAUAUCAUCAUACCGCUCAAUGAAACUCGCCAAAGACAUCAAAUGUUCAGACUGACAUACUUUCUAGAUGAAAAUCGGUACUUUUAUCCUAUAUAUUUUCAUUCACUUUGGUGUUCAUUCGUAACAGUAAUGAUUGCAGUCACUAUCGAUUCAUUGUAUAUACAAAUCGUUCAUCACGACUGUGCCAUAUUUGCUAUAUGUGGGCAGAACAUUAUAACAGCAACAGGAUCUACUGGUGUUCGUAUAAACGAAACUUACACUGAACAGUUUAGACAAUGCUUGACCAUGCAUAAGAAUGCCCUCCAAUUAUUCGAGAUGUUAGAUGACAGCAGCCGCAGGAGUUUCUUUUUCCAAAUUUUGCUAACUAUGGUCGGUAUGACCAUAACAGCCGUACAAGCAGUUAUAAAUUUGCAUCGACCCGAAGAAGCUCUCAGAAUUGGAUUGUUUCUUGUGGGCCAACAAUUCCAUUUGCUUAUUAUUACCUUACCUGGACAAGUAAUCACGGAUCAUAGUUUCGAGUUAACUAAUGAUAUAUACCGCUCAAUGUGGUACGACAUGCCAAUAAAUGUACAAAGAAUACUUCACAUGAUGCAAAUGAGAUCUAGUAAACCAUGUAAGUUGACAGCAGGAGGGAUAUACGAAAUGAACAUAGAAAAUUUUGGAAUAACAUUUAAGACAUGCGUAUCAUACUUCAUGGUGCUCCUAUCAUUGAAAGACUAA